AUGAGUGCUGCAAAGAAUACAAUCGCUGAAACACAUGGUAAUAAUUUGGAAACAUUUUCUCUUCUUUGGCUUGAUGAAAAAGUUAAUACAAAAGAAGAGAACAAGCAUGCCCAAAAGCGACUUCGUUCAACCAUCAAUCAUGUUAUACUAUUUCAUGAUCAAACUGAAUGUCAACAAUAUAUUAUGUCUUCCUCUGAACAAGAUCGAAUUGUUCUUAUCAUUAGCGGACGAUUAAGCAAAGAAUUAAUUCCUCACAUUCAUCGUCUUCGACAAUUAUCCGCUGUUUACGUCUAUUGUUGGAAUAGAAAAGCAUAUAAACACUGGGCUAAACAGUUUCCUAAACUUGAUGAUCUGAUUAAUCAAAUCACACUCGAUCAAAAGGAUCGCGGAAAAGAAGAAGAACCGAUGGCUAUGAGUUUCUACAAUGCUAAUAGUAAUGCUGAUCAAUCCACAACUCAACUCAAUGGUCAUUUUAUUCAUUCGCUAUUAUUAAUCGAUGUUCUAAUUCGAAUGAAAUCUAAUGAUGCUGACAAAAAAAAGCUUAUUCAUAUUUGCAAAGAUGACUUUGAUGAUAAUGAUCAUGAACUUCAUAUUAUUCGCGAAUUUGAACGUAAAUAUAAAUCUAAAAAAGCUAUAUGGUGGUAUACUCGUGAUGCAUUUUUAUAUAGAAUGUUAAACAAAGCUUUGCGAGUACAGAACAUUGAAUUAUUAUUAUUAUUUCGUUUUGUAGUUCGUGACAUUNUUGCAGGCAAGUGA